AUGUCCGUCCAUAAUAGCGAGAGGAAUGGAAAUGAUGACGCAUCCAACACCCAAGAGAAAGGACCUCUUUCCAACGUCGAAGAUGCGUUUACUCCUUACAACUUUAAGGCUCCAUUCGCUUCAUACUCCAUUGCUGAGAUCGGCAGACUAGUUGAGCCCAUUAAGUUAGUCGAGAAUAUCGACGAAAAACUUAAGCAAGCUAAGGAACUAGUGGACGAUCUUGACAGAAAUGUGAUGGUGAUCCAAUCCUCCUGGAACGAAGAUUUCGUUUCAUAUGGACCACCAUUACUCCAUAUUGUGAUAUCUCUUGAAGAUAUUGUCGAGGAAGUAAGAACCAAAUCUUCUAAUAAGAAGACUGGUUCCACUCUCCAUAACAGUUCGAGAUGUCUAAAUCAAGUCUCCAAAUUGCGCGAUUCCAUUCGCGAAUUGGGGAAGAUAACUAGACAUCCCAUUCAUCAAACAAAUCAUGAAGAACCGGAUUUGGAAACUCAAAGGUUAAAUGACGAAGUAGAAUUCGAUUUAGAUGAAGCGUUGCUUCAAAAUCCACAUACUACUUCAACUCCUGAUGCUUUAACACCACAGGUUCAAGCUCUUUUGAACCAAAGAAAUACUGAUGUUGGCAGCAGACAAAUUAACCCGGAGCCCCAAUUUAAAUCGCGAGUUCAAGCAGGGAUUCCUGGUCUCAGAUCGACUCCAUUCGAUUUCAGACGAGGGGGGACGUUUCAACGAGAAACGCCCUUUCCCCCUGCUUGUGAUCUUUAUGGUUUACAACUACCGAAAGCAUGGAAAUUGCCGAUAAAGCCGUUAUCCAGCCAUUUGGCGAUUGAUAUAAACAAUCUUCAAAAGGCGAAUGCAAUUUUAAGGUUUUCGGGAGAUAUCCGUGACUAUAUGAACUGGAGAGCUUCGUUUCUCGAAACAGUUCACUAUAAAGUCAAUGAGUCAGCAGCACGCAAAAUUACUGCGUUGAGCAAUAUGUUACCCGACGAGGUUUUCGUCAAAAUUUCCCGGGGUCAAGCAUAUUCUGCUGACGGAUAUGUAGCGAGGCUUAACAACCUCGAAAAGGAUUUUGGCGAUGAGUCAAAGUUGUACAACGUGGUCUGGAGCAAUCUUACGAAAGCUCCUUACGUUGGCAAUUUGAAGCAAACCAACAAUGUUGAAUUGUUCGUAAGAACGUUCGACGAGUUUGUAAAUCAUGCCAAAAUGUUGAAAUUCGGACAUGACGAUAAACUUGUCUACAGCAUCGUUUCCAACAAAUUCGAUGAAGACAUAGUCUUGAAGUUUCAAGCCCAUGCCAGACUGACGGGAGUUGAAGUUAACGCUUCCAACUUCCGGAACUGGGUGGACGAUAAGCUUCAAGACGUUUUAUCGCUCCGAGCGGGACAGAUGAGACUGUCAUUGAGGGGAGAGACUCGAUUUUCCGACCGAAAAUCUAACUUCCAACCUUCAACUCAGGUUUCAUCAGGUCAAAGAUCAGCCAGUAAAAAGACAACCUUCGGGGACAUUUUUGUGGCUGACACUUCAAUUAAAUGUUCGAUCUGUUCAAAAGAUGGACAUUUAGUUGAAAAUUGUAAAACAUUUCUUAAAGCACCUAUUAAGGAGAGAAUGCGUUUGAUUCGAACGAAUCAACUAUGCUUCUCCUGCCUUAAGAAGGGGCAUUUAGCUUCAGCUUGCACUGAAGCAAAGAAAUGUUUUUGCGGCCGAGACCACCACCCACGUCUCCACAGAGACGUGAAUGGUAAAGUCCAGAAUGUGAAGGCAUUCGUUGCGAUGGAGGCCGAAGAAUAUGAUACAGAAGGUGAAACUUCCGACUCAGACUUGGAAGCUGAUCCUGAUGGGGUAACCCAUCAGGAUUGA